AUGGGCAUUGGACUGCUGGAAAAUGACGCCGGAGAAGCAAUAAUAGGGAAACAAGAAAUGACAGGUGAACUAAAUAAUUAUUCUGAAUCAGUCUUCAGUAUGGAAGACAGCAACAACAUGCCACAAGUUCUAGAAAGUCAGAUUCUGAAGAGAAGGACUUCAGAGAAUGAAAGGUCUGAAGUGCAGGUAUGGUAUCCCUUCACUGUUGCUACCAUACCAAGAAACAAGGUUCCAGCUAUGUACCUAAACAAAACAUCUGGAAGUUUGAAUGGUCUGGAGUUCAAAUUAAAUGACUUUGUUUACAGGGGAGCUUCAUCUCAGGAGACUGCAGCUCUAGGAGGUGCAGCCCAUCUGGUAAGAUUCCAAAGCACAGACACAGUGACAGGAUUGGUCAUGGCUCAAAAGUUCUGUAACUGCCAAAUGGCUGAGUUUUCAAUCCCUGCAGCAGAACACAGUACUAACAUUGCCUGGAAAAGGAGUUGGGGAAAGGAUGCAUUUCAGUAUUCGCUCAAACAAUUUCCAUCUAAUCUCAUUUCAGUAGUCAGUGACAGCUCUGACAUUUUCAAUGCAUACAAGCAAAUCUGGGGCAGUGAAUUUAAAGACAAUGUUGAGUGAAGGAACAAGGAUUCAAUGCUGAUUAUUUGAACAGAUUCUGGGGAUUCUGUAAAGUCAUUAUUGAGUUCUAAAAGAGAUUUUAUGGCAGAACACAAGAAGAUUCUGUAUUUCCUUCCUGAGCCUGUUGAGGAGGGGAUCGUGCUGGGAAAUGGCACAUUUUCCAAUAUGGGUAUCAGCCAAUAA